GAGAUCCUGAAGGAGAGAAUCUUUGGAUCCUGAGAAGUCUUUUAACGAAGGUGAUACACAAAAUUUUAGAGAACAAUUUCAACAUUGUUCUAUUGAAGGUUAUACUUAGCUCUGAACCACAUUACUUUCCUGUCUACGUUUCAUUUCCUGGGGUCUUGCCAAGUGAUAAACAGACCCAGGCGUGCAGCAGGUUUGGGGUUUUUCUGCACAAACAGGGUAGCUGGAGUUUGCUUCAAGGCAUCGAUUGACUUCUGUGAUCGUGGAGAUGCUGGCGUGAGGCCUUCAGGAGACGAUGGAGAAAAAAUGGACAUAUUGUGCUGUCUGUUCCAUCAUCCAGAUACAUUUUGUCAGGGGAGUAUGGGGAAAAGCAUCCAAUGAAGAAGACAUCUAUGCUUUCCCUGGCUCGGAUGUCAACUUGACCUGCCAAACAUGGAAGAAAGACUUGUUGGUACAGAUGCAAUGGUCCAAGGUCACUGACAAGUUGGACCUGAUUGCUCUUUAUCAUCCCCAAUAUGGCUUGCACUGUGCCAAUGACAGUCCCUGUGAAUCACUGGUGACUUUCACAAAAACUCCCAGAAAUGUGUCAAAAUGGACCCUGCACUUAAAGAACGUGUCCUCUUCAUUCACCGGGAAGUAUGAGUGUAGCUUUACUUUGUUUCCAGAGGGUGUUCGGACUAAAAUCUACAACCUGCUCAUUCAGACAAAUGUUACACAGGAUGAACGGAGAAGCAGCCAUUUAAUAGAAGUACAGAUAAAUCAGACUCUGGAAAUACCAUGCUUUCAAAAUAUCUCCUCAGAAAUUUCGUCUGAGUUCACCUUUGCAUGGUUGGUGGAAGAUAACGGAACUCAGGAAGCAUGUAUCACCCAAGGUCACUCCAUCAGCAAUUCCACACUAUUUAAAGACAGAGUCAAGCUAGGUACAGACUAUAAACUCUACCUCUCUCCAAUCCAAAUCCACGAUGAUGGCCGGAAGUUCUCCUGCCACGUUAUGGUCAGACCUGGUAAAACCUUGAGGAGCUCCACCACAGUCAAGGUUUUUGCUAAGCCAGAAAUCCCCAUGAUUAUGGAAAAUAACUCUACGGAUGUCUUGGGAGAGAGAACAUUUACCUGCUCCCUGAGGAAUGUAUUUCCCACAGCAAAUCUCACGUGGUUUAUAGAAGGAGGCUUUCCUCAAGGUGAAAAAGAAGAAAUAUACAUUACUAAUGAAGAGAGGAAAGACAAAAGUGGAUUUUGGGAGCUGAAGUCUGUUUUGACAAGGGUGUAUGGUAAUAAGCCAGCCCAACCAAACAACCUGACCAUCUGGUGCAUGGCUAUGUCUCCAGUCCCUGGGAAUAAAGUGUGGAAUAUCUCGUCUGAAAAGAUCACUUUUUCCUUGGGCUCCAUGAACCCUCCGACAGACUCUCCGCUUAAUGUUGUCACACCUACCCUUGUCACCCGAACUUCUCCAGCCAACAGAGUAUCUCCUACAAGAUAUCCAGCUACCUCAUCAACAACCCUUGGAGACGUGGGUACAUCGACUCCAAAUACCAUCCCUCAAACCAACAAUUCCAAUGCGACUACCCAAGGCUUCAACUACUCCUGGACCUCCAGCGGGAAAGAUACCAAAAACUGUACACGUGACUCAGCUCCAUGGAUGCCCAGUGAAACAGACAGUUCAUCCCCCUCAGGUGUAGGCUCCACAAUUCAAGGUGAUGUCUUCACCAGCACAACCAGAACAUCUUCAGAAGUUCCCACAACUGCCAAAUCUACUAACAGCAGUCACAUCCAUAUCACUGGUAUCGUGGUUAAUAAACCUAAAGACGGAAUGUCCUGGCCAGUGAUCGUAGCAGCCUUGCUCUCUUUCUGCAUGGCAUUGUUCGGUCUUGGAGUGAGAAAAUGGUGUCAAUACCAGAAAGAAAUCAUGGAAAGACCCCCGCCUUUCAAGCCACCUCCACCCCCCAUCAAGUACACUUGCAUUCAAGAGUCCAUUGGAAGUGAUCUGCCUUGUCAUGAGAUGGAGACACUCUAGUCCCUUGAGAUUUUGCCAUAGAGAACUCGGCUAGAAUCCUGCAAGAAGGUGGACAUUGUGCUUUAUUAAUAUAAUUGCCCUCGAGCCAAGCCUGUACUGCAGCUGAAGUGGAUGUCAGAAGUGAAUGACCUGUUUUCCCAGCAACCCACCCUCUUUCAUCUGCACAUGCCUGAAAUUGAGCUAGAGUUAGAGGUUAUGUCACACCCAUACCCAAUGCAAUCUGCAGAGAUUUUCUUGUUUAUGUAAGAAGUGCAAAUCAGACUGCUGUUGUUAAAAAGUACUUGCAGUGUUUUUAUUUUUCAUUUUCGUUCUCUGACUGAGGUGACGACAAUGGUUUCAAGCAUAUGUCCGUGCCAGAACCUCUUCUUUUUGGAUAUCUGCCACCAUGCUGAGCUAUUUACCAAAAGUGUGAUAAUCUCUGAGGUUUGUUGCAUUUCCUAAGAAAAUUGCAAAAAGAAGAAAAUGUGCAAGUUCUAGCAAGAGUUCCAAAUAAGUGCAAGUUGUCUUUGUACUGAAAAUAUUUUGCUUGUGGAGGAAAACAGAAUACCUUGCACAAGAACUCCAGUCCCAACCCCACUUCCUCCCACCAUGUUCCACCCAGCCUUCUGCCCCAUGGGAUGAGGAAGCAUCCAAGGGAAAAUUAGCUAAUGACCAAGUAGCCUAGUAGACACAGGUAGCACUUCACUUGCCUCUAAAAUGAUCUGCACUAAGAAUGGUCUCAUCCUUAGCUUUAUCUGUACGUGUGUGUGUGUGCAUCUAUCAGACUAUUACAAACUGUUGUGUGAGUAAACAGGUAGCCUAGCCCCAAACCAAAUCCUGUAAUUCCUGUUCUCUUUUUCAUCUGGGGACUCUCCCGUUCAUCCAUUCUAUACAUUUUCAUCUGUCUUGAAAUAAAUACAGGUUCAAAUCAGACUAGCAUUGAUGAAUUAAUCCUGCUUCUCCCGUGUUUUACAAAAUAGUUCAAACAGAAUGCAAAGGUGAUGGAAAAGAAGCCUAGUUAGCCAAACUUGUUCUGUAGUCAGCAAUAGUUCCUGAAUGAAUAAACUGCUGAUGCCCUUUGUCCCUCUCAGCCACCCCCGAACCUCUGCCCUAGGAAGCAAGAACAGAUGUUGCUGUCAGAUAUGAUAGGGAAAUGCUGCAUGGAUUUUAAUCUCAAAAGGAACAUUUAGUUCCUUUGUGCUUUUCCCUGACUACGUGUGAGAAUAACUCGGAGAGUGUGUUGAUGCUUUUUGAACAUCAUGGCUGUCCUACUCUGGAACAAUUCAGUCAGAAUCCCUGUGGAAUGAAGUCCUGGCAUCAGGACUUCUGGGUGAUUCAAGUGUUCAGCCGGAGUUGAGAACUACUGAACCAGCGGAAGUCCUUUCUCAUUAAACAGAAUCUUGGUGGGGUGCCUGGGUGGCUCAGUCGAUUGGGCUUCUGACUUCGGCUCAGGUCAUGAUCUCGCAGUUUGUGAGUUCGAGCCCUGCGUGAGGCUCUGUGAUGACAGCUCAGAGCCUGGAGCCUGUUUCAGAUUCUGUGUCUCCCUCUCUCUCUGCCCCUUCCCCACUCGUGCUCUGUCUCUCUCAAAGAUAAAUAAACAUUAAAAAAUUAAAAACAAAAUCAGAACCUUGGUUAAGUGCUUAUUUCUUGUGGUGACCAGCCUCCAGUGUGUCCUGUGUGAUCCUUGCCUCUUAUAUAGUCCCCUGUGAUAGUGACCGCAACUGACUUCUGUAGCUGACCAGGGCUAGGGUAAGGCAAGCAAGACACCUAGGGUGUAAACUGUAAAGAGGUGUUCAAAUCCGGGGCCACACUCUUCCACGGGCUUGUAAAUGAGUACCAGUCCCAGGCCUAGUAUAACCAAUAAGAAGUCACCAGAGUGCGAUUUCCAAGGCUAGGUCAUAAAAUACGUUGCGGUUUCUACCUUGAUCUCUCUUUGCCCACUGUGUCUGGAAGAAGCCAGUUGUUGUGACAUGAGGACACUCAGGCAGCCCUGUUGAGAGGGCCACCCAUCAAGGAACUGAGGCCUCCUGCUAACAGAAAGUAUCAAUUAGUGAGCCAUCCUGGAAGCACCUCCUCCAGCCCCCAUGUAAGUCUUCAGUUAACUGCAACCUCAGUUGAUCCUUUGACUGGGACCUCGUGAGAGCCAGAACCGCCCGGCUAACCUCUUCUGAAUUCCUGACCCGCAGACACGGUGUGAGAUAAUAAAUGCUGGUUCUUUAACAUCACUGACUUUGGGUGUGAUACGCUAGGCAGUAAUAGAUGACAAAUACAGCCCAGUGAAUGGGAAAAUAAACUAAUGUUUGCUGCCUUAAUUGCCCUCAAUUCCUCAUUAAUUCUCAAGAAAUAAAUAAGACUAACUUCAUAUAUGUAUGACUGUUGCGCCAUAUGUAGUCAUUUUUAUUUAAUACAAAUUAGUCAUAGGUAAUUUAUGUUCAGGUAGCUGUGGCUUUAUUUUACUGUCUCAUUAAAAGGCAUGAAAACAAGCAGAGGGGUUAGGGUGGAAGGGGCAGAGUUGGAGGAUGUUUAGAUUGUUUCAGUAAAGGGAUGGACACUUUUACAGUACAACACAAAUCCAUGUCAUUCUUCAGUCUGUCCUAUGACAGAUGUCUCACAGUGUUUUUAGAUCAGCUCCCCUUGGAAGUGCCCCUCUUUUGUCUUAGAAAUAAGUUUUGGUCGGCAUUUGCAAAUUCAUCUCCAGCGUGAAUA